UUAAAUAUUGUAGCUGAAUGCUUUCCACUUAAACACACGUUUCCCUUCUGUGUAGCAGAACGACCUCUGUUCAGGGUGAUCGCAUGAGAACUCACCUCCUGGGCGUGAUCCAAACAUAACGACAGAUUAACUUUGCCCUAUCAGCGUGUCCUGAUUUGCAACUGUUAAGAGUCAGUGAGAACGUUUAAUCUGAUCAGUCUUGAAAGAAGUGGAUAGUAGAACAUGGGAACUAAAUCCCUGUGCCUUCUUUUGGCGUCUGUUCUGGUAGCAUAUUAUGUUUACACACCCAUUCCAGAGAAUAUUGAGGAACGCUGGAAACUGAUGCUCAUAAAUGCUGGCUUUAGAACUGUAGCACAUGUGGCUGAGUUUGCUGAGUGGCUGGGUCUGAUGCACUACAUGGAAGUUCUGAUGAUGAUCACAAGUAUUGAGUACACUGCACCAAUAUCAGAUGAAAAUGUGACUGUCACUGACACAAAAUUUAACAAUGUUCCAGCCCGUUUGUACAUACCCAGGAAGCAAUCCAGUGGGCUGAAAAGGGCAGUGAUUUAUAUUCACGGUGGAGGCUGGUGUGUAGGAGGCUCAGCCAUGGAGCCCUAUGACCUCCUGUCAAGAUGGACUGCAAACAAGCUAAAUGCUGUUGUCAUAUCAGUCGAGUACAGAUUAGCACCGACGUAUCAUUUUCCAGUUCAGUUUGAAGAUGUGUACACUGUAGUGAAGUUCUUCCUACAAAACAGUGUUCUUGCGCAAUAUGGGGUGGACCCAAAUCGGAUCUGUAUUUCAGGAGAUAGUGCAGGAGGUAACUUAGCUGCAGCAGUGGCACAGCAGCUGCUAGAUGACCUUGAAGUUAAAGUUAAACUUAAGAUCCAAGCUUUACUUUACCCUGCUCUUCAGACUCUUGAUCUGGAUUUGCCCUCCUAUAAAGAUAAUGAGAACAAGCCAAUUCUGCCCAAGUCAUUGAUGGUCAGAUUCUGGAGUGAAUACUUUACUACUGAUGUCUCUCUUCAAGAAGCUAUGGCUUCCAAUAGUCAUGUCCCUGCAGAAUCAAGCCAUUUGUUUAGGUUGGUAAACUGGAGCAAUUUGCUGCCUGAAAAGUUUAAAAAGGAUCAUGUUUAUGCCAGCCCCAUUUAUGGAAGUUCCAGGCUUGGAAAAAAAUAUCCAGGAUUUCUGGAUCCAAGAGCUGCACCACUCUUGGUUGAUGAUACCAAGUUACUUGGCUUACCUGUGACAUAUGUCCUUACGUGUCAACAUGAUGUCUUGAGGGAUGAUGGAAUCAUGUAUGUCUCACGACUUAGGGAAGUAGGAAUUGAAGUAAUACAUGACCACAUUGAGGAUGCAAUUCAUGGGGCUCUAAUGUUUAUUACAAGUCCAACUGAUUUAGCUCUAGGACAUAGAGCAGCAAAUAAAUAUAUUGAGUGGUUAAAUAUAAACUUAUAAAGUGAAAAAGAAUAUUUAAUGCAUUUGGCUCUUAUUCACUGGGUCUGGGUGAAACACUGUAUUUGGAGAGAAAAGGAUCCCUGGUGAAAAUUGUGGAUGUGAAAUUGCCAUACUGAAACUGUACAUUUUUCUACAAUGUUUGGGUUCAGGUUGGCUUCUUGCCUACUCUGGCAGGUGACUUAGGCUGUCUCUAAUCUAAGUGCUCUUUCAUCACUGAGAUACAAAAUCCAAGUACAAUCGCCCUUACUGCCAUCAGUUACGAGCCUUGAAUUUCUCUACACAAGAAUACAAGUUCCCCUGCACCAGAUCCUUUUACACCUAAUUACCCCUACCCACUCUGUCCACCUCCUUUCUUUCUAUACUAUGGGUUCUGCUGCUAACCUAUCACAGCAAAUCAUACUUCCCAAAGUGUCUUUAUCUUUCAGGACUUCUCUAUUACAAUCCAUGCUCCAUGCCUCAUAAGCCUGUAUGUGUGCUGAUCCAUCUUAGUGUCCUUCCCCCCACCCUUGAAUGGAUAUCAGUGGGAUCACUUAACAAUAGAAUGUUUGUGUUAGCCCAUUUAAUAUCAUCAGUGGUGGUCAGUUCCCAUAGUCAUUAGUGAGAAACGAGUCUGGAGUACCAGGGGAGGUGGAGAUGAAGGGCAGGGCAGGGACCAAAUUCCAUGGCUGAGGUAAGGACACAAUUUUGUGUAAGCCUGAGAAGCCUUUGUAGCUGGCACUUGUGUGGGUAUGUUUCUCUUCUCGGCAGAAUGCAAGGAAGCAGUUGAAAACAUAACUGAAUUUGAAUGGCUGUGAAUAUGACAGUUGUUAUAAAUAUGUAAUUAGGUUUUGGUGCCAUUAUUAGACUUUGUCUAAUCACAUUCAUCAACUUUUUUGUUUACUGCAAAAAACAAAGUGUAAUUUAACAGCAUUGGAUACUGUAUGAUCAAAAAAAAAAAUAAAACGCUGAAGAUUACAGCCUUGCAAUAACACCAUUUUGUGGCUUGUGUUUCUCUUAUUACUCAUUAUAUGGUAAGCCUUAUGAUUUUAAGUUAGCUGUAUUUAUUCCAUUAGUAUAACACUUGCACACAGCACAUUUUAAAAUCUAGGCUUAGACAUCAUAUGGACUCAAACAAGACACAAAUCUCAGUCAGUCUAUAUUGCAUGAAUAUGUUUUAACACAAACAUAAAUGUUUUGUACAUUAAAAAUGUGUCCUAAAGGUUUUGGAAUCAUGAAAAGUCACAGCCCUGAGUGUUUGUUUGUUGUUUAUUUGUACAUGUGGCAUCUAUUUGAAUAUUUAUUGUUUUUUGAUGUGCUAGUAACAUGCUGUAUUUUCUCCCUAAGAAAAACACACAGUCUUCAAGAAGUCAACAUUUUUACAGCUAUGUAUAAAAACAGAAUGUGUGUGCAAUGAUUAUCAUAUUUUUCCUCAAUUUUCAUCAUUAUUGUUAUCAAAAUUAAACUUGCCUUUGAUUCUA